CUUGUUCUUCAUCCCCGACAGCCCCCCCAAGCCCCUCCAGCCACCGACUCAUUUCUUUGAGAAAAUUGGUGACAAAGCUUGAAAUAUCCCAUUCUUUCCUGCUCAAUAACAAGCAUUAGGACUUAGAAACCCUCCCUAAAGCAAGGGAUUUCAGAUCUGCAGUUUCUCUUCCUCCCCUAUCCGCCGGCUGCUAUGUGGGUGUGUGAUUUUUGGGCUUUUUCCGAUCCCCUGAAAUUCUCCUUCAUUCCCACCGGCCUUCCCCCAAACUGCAGCUCCGGUUUUUCUGGGAAAAUUCUGGAAGCGAAGUCAAGGGCGGGGAAAAAUAAGGGGAGUGACGAGUUAGAAGGCUAGCCACCUGUAAAUUGAAAUAGAUUUUAAAUAUAGAUCAUGAUCCUGUUUUCUUUAUUUUUUAUUUGUUUUUUUUAAAUGAUAUAUACGGACCGAUCUCGGUCCGUAUAACCUUAUACGGACCGAGAUCGGUCCCAAUAUUCCCUGAACAAUAGCCUUUUUAUUUUUAUUUUUUUCUAAGUUACAUUUGGUGAAUUUUAAAAUUUUUCAUGUAUAAUAUAGUUAAACUUUUACA